AAAUAAUUACCAUAACGCGUUUGACUCCACCCACUUGCUGUUUGGAUGUUUCCGUCGCUGGAGGAAUACAGUUAUGCAGGAUCGUGGGGAGAAUAAUGUCUAAAAUUGACAUUCUUAAAACACUAUUGGAUCAUGAGCAUUUGUCAUAUUUGCUAAUAUAAUGGAUGGACAACUGUCACCAAUGAAGGAAUAGCGGAAGUGCUGUGAAUUCUCGUUAUUUAUUCUAAAACAUGGAACAAAGAGGAUGCAGGGCAUGGCGAGAUCCACGGCAGUGGGUCACCUACAUAGUUGCUUUGAUUUUCUUUUGGAUCGGAGCUUCAGCUCAGAUAAGAUACUCCAUCUCUGAAGAGCUUAAAGAAGGAACUGUCAUCGGGAAUGUAGCUAAGGAUUUGACAAUAGAUCUGAUCACCUUGAAGGAGAGGGGAUUUCGAAUCGUGUCUGGCUCGAAGGAGCCCCUUUUCCAGCUAAACCAGAAUGAUGGCAUCUUGUACGUGAACCGAAUAAUAGACCGAGAGGAGGUGUGUGAACGGAGCAGCGUGUGUUUGAUCAAUCUGAAAACCGUUCUAGAGAACCCGCUCGAGAUCCAUUAUGUCGCGGUGGAGGUGUUAGAUGUUAACGACCAUUCUCCCAGCUUUCCCGAGAAAGAGAAAAGGUUAGAGAUUUCAGAAUCUGCGUUACCAGGGGCGCGAUUUCAGCUACAAGCAGCUCGUGACCCAGACGGUGGGAUAUAUUCCGUUCAACAAUAUAAACUCAGUCAAAAUGAUAAUUUCCGUUUAGAGGUUAAAGAUCGAGGUGAGGACCGUAAAACCCCUAGUCUUAUUUUACAGAAACCACUGGAUAGAGAGGAUGUAAAGAGCCAUAUAUUGCUGCUCACAGCUAUUGAUGGAGGAAAACCUCCAAGAUCUGGAGACAUGAGAAUAACUGUAGAUGUAUCCGAUGUCAAUGAUAACCCCCCGGUUUUUACUGUAGAUUCAUACUCUGUAUUGCUGAAUGAAAACGCUAAUAUAGGAACAACAGUCAUACAGGUAAACGCCACUGAUCUGGACGAGGGUUCUAAUGGUGAAGUUGUCUAUUCAUUUGGUAGUGACGUGGAAGGAGAGGUCCUGGAAUGUUUUCAUUUAGACCCGAUUACUGGCGAAAUAAUUGUAACAGGACUUAUUGAUUUUGAAGAAAACAACAAGUAUGAGAUCGAUAUACAAGCGUCAGACAAAGGGGCAGCUACUUUGACAACAGACAAAACUGUAAUUAUUACAAUUGUGGAUGUCAACGAUAAUGCUCCUGAGAUUGAGGUGACAUCAUUCUCUAACUCAAUAUCAGAGGAUUCUAGACCCGGUACCACUGUAGCACUAAUCAGUGUUAAUGAUUUGGACUCUGGUCUCAAUGGGAAAGUUGUCUGUCUUCUAACCGAGGACAACCCUUUCAAAUUAACGUCGUCUUUACAAGAAAACAUGUACUCUGUAGUCACCAAGUCACCUCUGGAUAGGGAAAAACAGUCCGAAUAUGAUCUAACAAUAGUUGCUAAAGACUCAGGCCAGCCGUCCCUGUCAUCCGUAAAGACUAUUAGUGUUGUAGUAUCAGAUGUGAAUGACAACAGUCCAGAGUUUUCACUGAGCCCCUAUACUUUCUAUGUCACUGAGAAUAACCACCCAGGCGCCUCAGUAUUUUCAGUAAGUGCAUCUGAUCGUGACAUGAAUGAAAACGCACUUAUUUCAUAUCAUAUUCUGAGAGACGGGGGUGACGAUAAUAAAUGGGCAUCUUUCCUCAACAUAAAUUCAGAAAAUGGAAACAUUUUGGCGCUAAAAAGCUUUGACUUUGAAACUUUAAAAACAUUCAAAUUCCAGGUUGUAGCUACAGACUCUGGAAUUCCGUCAUUAAGCAGCAACGUCACAAUAGACGUGUUCAUUCUGGAUCAGAACGACAACGCUCCAGUGAUCUUGUAUCCAGUCAGCGCUAACGGUUCCGCUGAAGGUGUGGAGGAGAUUCCCCGCAAUGUGAACGCAGGCCAUUUGGUGACUAAAGUGAGAGCCUAUGACGCUGAUAUAGGAUAUAACGGCUGGUUAUUAUUUUCACUGCAGGAAGUUACUGACCACAGUCUCUUUGCUUUGGACCGUUAUACAGGACAGAUAAGGACACUUCGGUCAUUCACAGAGACAGACGAGGCUGAGCAUAAACUGGUCAUACUGGUAAAAGACAAUGGGAACGUUUCACUCUCAGCAACAGCUACUGUGAUUAUCAACGUUGUGGAGCCCAAAGAGGCUUUUGCAGCUUCUGAUGUUAAAAGCGCAGUAAAAGACGAGGAGGAGAACAGCAUUACAUUUUAUUUGAUCAUAACUUUGAUGUCAGUUUCAGCACUUUUUAUCAUCAGUAUCAUCGUGUUGAUUGUAAUGCAGUGCUCCAAAGCCCCAGUCGAUUCCUCCAAGUAUUUACAAGAUGUGAAUUACGACGGGACACUGUGCCACAGCAUCCAGUACCGAUCCGGAGACAAACGGUACAUGUUAGUUGGACCCAGAAUGAGUAUAGGUUCUACUAUAGUCCCGGGCAGCAAUGGGAAUACUCUAGUGGUACCCGAUCACACGAGGAGAGUUUCAGGAGAGGUAAGAAGUUGAAAACAACCUUGUAUUUCACUGUCAUCACGUACCCUCAAUUGAGGCUGAUUGUCGAGUAUCAUUUUUAGCCAUUUGUGAGUAUUUUAAAUAGGCCUGUUUUGU